CCAAUCAAACCAGGAUGAAUCACUUUGUAAGAAGCUUGAUUUGGAUACAUAAAAUGGUGGGGAAACACCAGGAAGUUGAAUAAAUCUCAUAGGUGUUGAGAUGAGGUAAUAAGGAGAGGAGGCAUUGAUAGAGAAAGAGGAUUGAGGCAUACAGUAACUUUGGAGUUUUACCACAGUAACUUUAGUUUUACUGUGGUAACUCAGUUAAAGCUUGGAAAGUGAUCUUGCUUCACUUUGGAGAGUUUCCCACGACCAAGGAGCUCUUGGAUAAGGAAAGAGCUGUCUGGAUAAGGUUUCUUCAAGCUAGAGAGGCUGGAGACAGGCUGUAAAGUAGACAGCAUCUAGUAAAAGAUGCCAAAGGGAUCAAGCAUGUGAAGACUCCCAUUGGAUGCUUUUGGAUAGCUCUCUUUGACUACACAUGCUCUGAAUCUCUUUCUUAUCUUAAGGAUUUCGAAAUGUAUUGUCUCUCUCACAUAAAUAUGUUGUAAACCUCAUCUUUAAUAAUUAAUGGAGUUUUGAGUCUCUCUCUUUAUUCUCUCACUAAAAUCUCUCAAUCUCUUUAAUCUUUUCAUCUGAUUAUCUCUGAUUGGUUGAAUCAUGCUCUAAUACACAAAAGUGUAUAUGGUAUCAGAGCCAGGUUGGCAAAAAGGGGGUGAGUGUGAUUUCUUUUUCUCAAAAUCAGAGUGUUCUUGAGUGUUCUUGGGGUUAUUGAGGUUUCUGGGUAUGUGUAGUGAGAAUAGACAGAUUAUGGUGUGUGAGUGUUGUUUAGAACAGAGAGUGGUCGGAUUGAAAGAGAACAGAGUGAAGACAGUAAGUGAGAAUUAAAGAGAUUGCAAUGGAGAAUAAGAGAGAUUAAGUGAGAUUUGAGAGAGUAUGAGAGAGAUUCUUGUAACCAGAGAUUAGGAGAGUAUAAGAGACUUGAGAAUGGUGAAGAAGAAAGGAGAAACUCUCCCAUUCAGCUUAAUUUCGUAAUGGUUACAAUGGGGUGGCUUUAUAGCCAGAUUACAAGUUGCAAGUGAUUAAACAAUUGUUAAAGUACAGAUUUACUAAACUAAUAUUAUUGUAGGGUUUCUGAUGGAGCCAGGAGGAUGCAGCCAAGGAGAAUCUCGACCAGAGGGAGUAGAGAGUGACAGGAGAGAGAGAUGGGCACAGUCUGGUUGUGUGAAAGUGACAGCAGGCUCAUCUCCUUAUGCACAUGUGACUUUUAUCUUAAUUAAUUCUCCAACUUGCCAGAUCUCUCUCCAACGGUCUGAUACUUAAUUUAAACUUCAAAUAUGCUUCAGAAAGCUCAGCUGGACGAGUUCCCCACUUGCCUUGACUUCCAAGACACUUUAGGUUAGGUUUGGUUACUUGCAAGCCAAAACUGUAUGGACAGAUUAAAAUCUGCUUGUUCCGGAUUUUCUUGCUGUUGAUGCUUGGUCUCUUCAUUAACUCCAGCUCCUUACUUCUUCAUUCCAACACUCCCCCUCAAGCUUGACCAUAGGAGAUCCUUGAACAAGCUUGGAACCUUGAAGAAGCUCCCUCAUUAAAAACCUUAGCAAGAAAACCCAUUGGGACAAAACUUGCUAAGGGAAAAAGAGUGGAGUUUCCACAAAGCUUAGGGAUUGGCCAGUGAGCCUAAGGAACUUCAGAUUCAUCAUGGUGGAGUCCUUAGGCUCUGGAUCGUGGCCUAAUAUAGGUAUAGCAAGUAUGAAUCACCAGAACUUGCUAUCCUUGAGCACAAGUAACUGGCUGGAUCAUUUUGUGGCCGGUUUAGGGUCUCCCCCUCUCAACUGACUUCAAGCCACCUUAGGAAGGCAAGGAAAUGACCAGACCAUCUUCUCUGAACCACCAGCAAAGUUGCUUGUUCUUUAGAACUUGGCUUGACCUCUUCAUGGAACCAUACACCCGGUUUGGGUCUCCCCCUCUCAACUGACUUCUUUGGCCAUCUUAGAUAGGCUAGGACACGACCGGAUCAUCAUCAUCAUCUUCAGUGAGGCUCAAGCUUAUUUUGGUACCUGAUACACACCAUUCUAAAAUUGCAUCAGUUCUUAAGGAAAUGCACUCAUCACAUCAAACUCAAUAAUAUAAAGUAUAAGGACAAUCAUGAAUGUAUUGAGAUGAGUUUAAGGUGCUUCCCUUUCAUAAGAAUGGUGAGGCGUGGACUCCAAUUGAAUCCCCACUUGGUAAGACACAGUCCGGAUUAUGGAAGCUCAAUCACACACUUGGAACUGAGCUUCUUUGAUCCGGUUGGUACUGAGUAAUGCAAGAGUGAAUCCACCACUUGCAAACUCCAAUUUUGAUCAGAGGUGAGGCAAUGAACGACUUGGAUUGGCGCCAGUUGCUUCACCGUCAAAUCACCUUUGAGCUUCUUCUUAUGACCUGAGCUUGUCUCCCCCCUUUCUUCUGGCUUCUUGCCUCCAUUUAGGAGUUGAGACAAAGCUUUUCUUUGUUCAUGAGCUCAAUAGGUACCUGAUUCAAUCAUCCACAAAAUGCAUGUAUCAAUUCUCAAGGGGCAAACCUAUUCACACAUAAGAAUAAUAAUUGGUUUAGGUACUUCCCUUGCAUCAGUUUGUUGAAUGUUGGUGAGGAUUGCUAAGCACUUGAAUCCUCCACGCCAUUCCUUCUCUCAACCAGCCUUUGCAUUUUUCUCUUGAAGUUUCAGCAUGUAGGGAAGCUCAGCACUUUUCAACUCCAUAAUUUGCCACCAUCAUGUGAUUGCUUAGCCAAGAAUUUCCCUGAUUGAAUACUCCUUGAGUCCUUGAAUAUAGUUGGUCAGAGUGGUGGGGUGUGCCAGCUUCUUCAGACUGAUCACUUAGGCCCCUCCUUAUUAAAUCGCCAUGCAACCUCUUCUUCUUGAUCUUCUAUUUUGACACAUAGAUGUUGCUGGCUUUCUAUGAGGAAAAGAGACACUAGGAGCUUCAUGGAUCUUCUGGUAGCUCACUGAUUCCCCUCCUCAAGCUUGGCUGAGUAUAGGGACAAGCUUGAAUGUGAGCUUCAAUGAGUUUUGAAACUGGGAGCACAACAAUACCAACAUCUGCGCUUAAGCCAACCAGUUCACUAUCUUCCAGGAGCACAACAAUACCAACAUCUGCGCUUAAGCCAACUGGAUCACCAUUUUCCUUCAGCUCUAAUGUCUUUGGGCCACCAGUCUCCCCAUGACUUAGGUGAUGACCUUCCUUAUGAGUCUCUUGAACCAGGAGCACAACAGCUCCUACGCCUGCGAAGCCAACUGGUUCUACUCACAAUGUAUCUUUACAUGGUCAGGACUAAACACCUUGAUCCAUGCCUCUGACCACCGGCCACUCUUGGCUUAGUGCUGGCCUUUUCUCUUGAGUGCACCUCCUGUACAUCCUCUUGGCAUCAGGUAAGUCACUUCUGAGCAGUUUCUCCAAUUCUCCAACAUCCUUUCUAUCUUCAGGGUAGGAAAUGGGCAGACACAUAGAUAGGAUUUGGGACUGGUCAAUUUCCACGAUUCAGGAAUAUCCAUCUUGGGAGGCUCUGAAAAACGUGGGCAAUGCCUUCUUCUUUGUCUUAGUUUGAUGAUGGACAGAGAUCACCUCUUGUGUACCUGAAACAUCACUCAAACUCCAGCAAGAAUCAGACCACACACACUAGGAUCAGCCCUUGAUAAUUCACCAAGUCUGAUCCCAAUGUUUUUAAGAGAAAAAAAAUGCAAUGGACAGAAUCUAAACAACUCAUUCAGUUCAAAUCCAUGCCACCAAUUCACUAAAUGCUCAAGUAUGAUAACUCAUCAAUUACAAGACAUUUAUGAUAUUUUUUAUAAAUUUUAAUGAAAAUAGCAGAGACUAGACUAGACAACCAUCUAAUCACCUUAAACAAUAUAUGAAUGCAAUACAAGAUCAUGAGACUCUCCUAGACCUUUAGCAAUGCAACAAGACAAUGACAGUGGCUAAACAACUCGCCUAGCACAAUACAAAACAUAAACAAUUAUUCUAGGGCAGAAACUAGACAAUACCAUGCUAGACAACUCCUAGAAAUAAUUUAAGAAACAGAGCAACACACACAACUUUAAGUAUCAUGGAACAGAAACAAGGUUAACCAACACUAGCAACUUGAACCUGUCUCAAGGAUACCAAACACACCACUCAACACAACCAGACAUCACUACUCAAGCUCUUAUUAAGGAUAGGAGGUUAACUUACAAACAAGGAACCUGAGCUGGUUCCUUGAACCUCCAAGCCACACUGUUCACUUGAACUUGACAGAUUUGGAGUUUGGGAUCUCUACCCCAUGCCAUUUCCUUGUGUGUGCUUUCCCUUUGGACCACUCAUGCUUAAGACCCCUCCUUUCUUCCUGAUUACCAGGCGCCACCUUCUGGAACACAGUGAGAGACUCCAUUUUGGGAAGAACUUGAAAAUCACUUGUACAGACUUGGUUUGGAGCAUUGCUUGCCAAACAGCUCCAAAACCUUCUUUCUCCAAGAGAUCUCUUCAGGCUGAACAGGAGGAAGGGUGAUAGACCUUGGGAAGUCUCUGGACACGCCAUGUUUGUAGUCUUCUUCCUCUUGAAGAGAUUGAACAGCUGGCUGGACAGAAACUCUCUAAUGAUUUGAAAUAACAAUGAGGGUGAACCUAUGCUUGAAUUGUGGAAGCUUUGAGUUUCAGAUACUAAAGACCUCCUUUAUCUUGAGUUCUGGUGAGUCUCUUCCCUCCUGGAAAAGCUUUAGACCAGAGGAUACAAGGAUGAACAGAAACAGAGAUUUUUGAAGAGAAGUAUGAACUGUAACAGAUUUGCGGAAGCUCUAUGGAUUCUCAGGAGCUUGGAGCUCUGAUACCAAGUGAGAAUAGACAGAUUAUGGUGUGUGAGUGUUGUUUAGAACAGAGAGUGGUCGGAUUGAAAGAGAACAGAGUGAAGACAGUAAGUGAGAAUUAAAGAGACUGCAAUGGAGAAUAAGAGAGAUUAAGUGAGAUUUGAGAGAGUAUGAGAGAGAUUCUUGUAACCAGAGAUUAGGAGAGUAUAAGAGACUUGAGAAUGGUGAAGAAGAAAGGAGAAACUCUCCCAUUCAGCUUAAUUUCGUAAUGGUUACAAUGGGGUGGCUUUAUAGCCAGAUUACAAGUUGCAAGUGAUUAAACAAUUGUUAAAGUACAGAUUUACUAAACUAAUAUUAUUGUAGGGUUUCUGAUGGAGCCAGGAGGAUGCAGCCAAGGAGAAUCUCGACCAGAGGGAGUAGAGAGUGACAGGAGAGAGAGAUGGGCACAGUCUGGUUGUGUGAAAGUGACAGCAGGCUCAUCUCCUUAUGCACAUGUGACUUUUAUCUUAAUUAAUUCUCCAACUUGCCAGAUCUCUCUCCAACGGUCUGAUACUUAAUUUAAACUUCAAAUAUGCUUCAGAAAGCUCAGCUGGACGAGUUCCCCACUUGCCUUGACUUCCAAGACACUUUAGGUUAGGUUUGGUUACUUGCAAGCCAAAACUGUACGGACAGAUUAAAAUCUGCUUGUUCCGGAUUUUCUUGCUGUUGAUGCUUGGUCUCUUCAUCAACUCCAGCUCCUUACUUCUUCAUUCCAACAUGUGUGUUGUCUAUUCUUUUGUGGCUGGGUUUAUUUGAGAUUCUCAGGUGGAAAGAUGAAUAUGAAGCACGAAUCUAGUGGAGCAGUGAAGAUUCAAGAAGAAAACAAGUGGGUUUGGCCAAGAUGGGUGAAGACAGCCUUAGGAAGCUGUGAGAUUUGGAGUAAUCAUGUAAAGGGAGAACCUUUAAUGGAGAGAGCUGCUGAUGGGGGUCAGACAGCAAGGUUGAAGUGUGAAGAUCAGUUGAGUCUUGAAGAAAGUAUAUCUCUUGAGAAGAUUGAAGAUGUUUAUGAGAACAAGAUCAAUCUAAGGAGGAUGUAUGAAGUCAGGAAGAUGAUCUGUGAGUUAAAACAAGGGAAAGAAGGUUUCAAUCAGCAUGUGAAGAAGCUGAGAUGUUUGUGGUCGGAGUUACAAAGCUUGAGACCAAGAAGUUGUGAUCCAAGAGUGCUAGAAGAGUGGCGAGAGCAAGAUGUUGUCUUCAGCCUCCUUGCAAGCUUGGAUUCAUCUUAUGGCUGGUUGGUAAAGCUUAUUCUCAAGGAAGAGAAGCUACCCAACAUGGAAGAAGUGUGUGUACUUGUUCAGAGGCUUCAUCAAGUGAUGGAAGAGAACAAAGAGAUAACUUGGAGUAAGGAGGGUGCUAAAAGGAAGAAGGGAAGGCUGAGACGACGGUCUAAGGCUCAGAUCAGAAGAGGAAGGUGUUGGAAGAGAAGCAUACUGUCUGGUUAUCAAGGUAGCUAUGGUACUAUGAAGAUGGGCAGAGAAGAAGCACAACAGAUUCUUAUGGGAGAGUGUUCUUACUCAGCUUACAUGGGAGAAUCUGUAGAGAGCAGUGGGGUUAUGAGGAAGCUAGAGACCAAAGGAGCGGAUGAGCGUGUCACAAAGGAGGAAUGGGAUGAGUUUGUCAAGUAUGUGUCUGCUUUGGCUACGACCCGGAGACAGGGUGCUCCUGCCAAAGCAUCCACAUCCAACAAACCCAUCAUUGUUGAUUCUGGAGCAAGUCAUCACAUGAUUAGUGACAGAAGCUUAAUGAGUGAUGUAAAGAAAGCUACUGGGGGUGUGAUGAUAGCUAAUGGUGAUAGGAUUCCUAUAGAAGGAGUUGGAAAGCUCAAGCUAUUUGAUAAAGACUCAGAUGCCUUCUACAUGCCACAGUUUGCUUCAAAUCUACUAUCUGUAAGGAAAGCCACAAUUGAUCUUGGCUGUCAAGUAGUAUUCAGGCCAGAUGAUGUUGAGUUCCAAGAUUUGAAAAGCAGCAAGAUGUUUCAAUUGGAAAGGGAGUAACUAAAGGAGAACUAUAUUUGCUUGAAGACCUUGCUUUUGUUUCUAGUUAUAGCUGCUCGUUUAUUUCUGUUUCUGGUUCUAGUUUAAGUAAAAAUGCAUUGUGGCAUGCUAGAUUAGGACACCCUCAUAAUAAGGCUUUAAAACUGAUGUUGCCAGGUGUUUCCUUUGAGAAUAAUGAGUGUGAAGCUUGCAUUUUAGGCACGCAUUGUAGAACUGUCUUUACGAAGUCUACUACUGUUUAUGAAAAGUGUUUUGAUCUUAUUCAUUCUGAUGUUUGGACUGUACCUUGCUUAUCUAGAGA